GUUAAAAGUUACUUCCGAACCCAUCGCAGCAGGAGAAACGGCCACGGAUAUGCAAGUUUUGUUGUUUUUUUCUUUUUCGCCCGGCCGACUGCGGAACCUCAUCGCUGUCGAUAUUUUAAAACGACGGCUUUCGCUGCAUCCCCACCAUCGUUUACCCCAUCGCGGUUGCUGGCCAGCUACCGAGAGAGCACUUGACGACGACACGAGCCAGAAUGGACCGCGAUAGCACUCAAGUGGACUUGGUCGGUUCCGACCAAGUUGGUUUCGACCAAGAGAAAGCCGUUCCCCGGCCUUCGGGGGAGAUUGCUGCACAGCAGGGUGUGAAAGCCCUCGAUGCGGCUUACAAGCUGUUAACAAGAACAGAAUUCGCUAUCAUUUAUGUCGGAAUCUUUCUUGUGAUCUUUGUCUACUCGUUGGACAUCAAUACCUACGGCACGCUUCUUCCCUUCAUCACGUCGUCGUUCCAACAGCACUCUGGCCUCAGUCUGCUAAUGGCCGUGUCCGGCGUUGUAAAUAGUGUUUGCAAGAUGCCACUCGCAAAACUAGCUGAUGUUUUUGGCCGGGCAGAGACAUUUGCCUUUGCCGUGCUAUGCUACAUUGUUGGUUUGAUCAUCAUGUGCGCUGUGGAUACAUUUGGCCAGUUUGCUGCCGCGACAGUUUUGUACACAAUCGGUACUUCUGGCGUGUAUACCCUGCUGCAGAUUGUCAUCGCCGACACAUCUUCCCUUGCCAACCGAGGUUUUUUUUCGAGUUUGAUCGAUCUUCCAUUUAUCUUGAAUAUUUGGAUCGGUCCACCAAUUGCAAGGCAUUUUCUUGAAAAGCAAGUCGACGGGAAAUCCCAAUGGCGCUGGGCUUUUGGAAUGAUCAUCAUCUUGCUCUUCUGCUGUGCCCAACCCAUCUUCAUUGGUCUCAAGUGGCUUGAAAGGAAGGCCUCCCGAAAUGGCCUGGUGGUGAAGAAGAAGAAUGAAUAUCUCACGUGGCAGUUUUGGAAGAAUCUGGUUUUGGAUGUGGACCUUCUCGGUCUUCUGCUGUUUGGCGGAAGUCUCUUUCUCAUCAUUUUCCCCACAAACUGGUACCGGAAUUACCCAAAGGAAUGGAAAGAUGGCCGCAUCAUCGCCAUGCUUGUCAUGGGCGGCGUUGGCUUUGUCAUAUUCUUCCUUCAGCAACAGUUUCUCUCCCGCGCCCCCAUCUUCCCUGCCCGUUUCCUAAAGGACCGUACUGUCAUCGGUGGCCUUCUUACCGGCUGUCUGAUCUUUGUGUCCUACUACAUCUACAGCAGUUUCCUUACCUCAUACAUUUACGUUUCUCGUGACCUCACAGUCGAUCAAUCUCAAUGGAUCUUCACCUCUUGGAACGUUGGAUCUGUGCUCAGCAGUAUCCUUAUCGGACUCGCUAUGAAACGCACUCGCAGUUUCAAACUGUGGGCUUUGAUUGGACUCGCCAUCAACAUCAUUGGAAGCGGUGUCAUGAUUAAUGUAAAGGGACCUGAAAACCCAUUGGCCGAAAUGAUCUCUGCCCAAACAGUUAUUGGGAUUGGUCAAGGGAUCACAACAUGUGCAACCCAAGUUGGAGUGCAAGCUGCCGUAGCACAUCAAGAUCUCGGAACAAUGACUGCCGUGUAUCUAACAGUCACGUCCGUCGGCUUCUCGGUCGGAGCGUCUAUAGCAGGCGCAAUCUGGAAGGAACUUCUUCACGAUCAACUUGUCGAAGCGCUUCCCGAGCUCCCUGAGGCCAACAUUACAGCCUUCGUGGGUGACCACACCAAAGUCAGACUAUGGUUGGAGGGUGAUCAACUGUCGCGAGCGCGCCACGCAUAUACCUACACGAGCAAAACUCUAAACAUCAUCGCGUGCUGCUUGUUGGUUCCAAUAUUUGGUACCAUUGGUAUGAUGCGGAACAUCACGCUGACAGACGAUGUUACGACUAAAGAAGCCGAAGAGGCUGCGAUUGCCGAAGGAAGCGUCGGCACAAGUGCCGACCACGGCAGAUAAUCCUUUUGAUUUUCACGACGAUAACCAUAUAUAUGCAUAACUCAUUGUGAAUAAUUUAUUAGAUCUUGUAUGUAUGGAUUUAUAAAGUAGCUUUUGUAGCCCCCAA